AUGAUAAUAUCUAAAUCUCGCCUAGAAUCAAUCGUCUCAUGGUUUGUAACAGUCCAUCCUAACGAAAUCUCUGCACUCAUCUACUCCGCCUCCUCUUUCUUCUGCAUUUUGAGUGCAUAUUUUGUGGUACUUCCUUUACGUGAUGAAGGCGCAAUUUCAUUAGGAUUAGGGACUCUCCCGGGACUUUUUGUUGGAUCUUUGCUGCUCACACUGGUUGCUGCACCAGUUUCCACUCUAAUUUUUUCGUUGCCGAAUCUUUCUAAAGGAAAGGCUUUGGUCUUGAUCCACCGAUUUUUUAGCAUUUCUCUUGUUGUAUUCUUUAUUCUAUGGCUUUCCUCCACUCCUGGAAGUUCAUUUUUCAGUUUCAAGGUGCGGUUUCCUGUGAAGUCCACUAUAAAGGAGGAGCUGAAGAUUAUGGUUAACCAAACCAUUCCGGCAAAUUCUGGUGGCUUGGGAAAACAUGGAUGGUUUUUCAUUUCCGUGAGGAUUGGUCUAUUCCUUUGGGUUGCUCUACUUAAUCUUAUAACUAUCUCUUCAACUUGGGCAAGAGUAAUUGAUGUGAUGGAUAGUGAGUCAGGUUCAAGAUUAUUUGGGUUUAUUGGUGCUGGUGCUACAUUGGGGCAGCUCUGUGGUUCACUCUUUGCUGCAGGAAUGGCUUGGUUAGGUCCAUAUUUACUCCUUAUUUCUGCCGUCCUGAUGGAAUUUGCUUCACGGUCUUCUAAAGGAAUCAACAAGGAUAUUUCCCACCUUCGGGAAGAACUCUCUCUCAUCAGAAAUGCUGAUAUUGACAACACCAGCUUGGCCAAUGAAGAGACUGGGCCUUCUCUCAAAGCCUCUUCCCCUAGAUUAUCUACUUCGGAGGCAAAGCCUCAACUCUGGGCUCUACUUCAAGGAUUGCAGCUUAUAUUAUCAUCAACUUAUUUAUUACAAGUGGCAUUAUUCCUGUGGUUAAGUGCAGUAAUCUCCUCUUUCUUCUACUUCCAGAAAGUAACUGUGAUUGCCACCACAGUAACAAGCCCUGUGGACAGAAGAAGAUUAUUCGCACAAAUCAAUAGCUUUAUUGCUGUUUUCAUUCUUGCUGGACAGCUUACGUUGACGGGGCGCAUCCUUACUGUUGCUGGGGUUACAAUAGCUAUUUGCUGUGCACCGGUUGUUGCCUUCAUAAAUCUGAUUGCCUUAGCUGUGUGGCCAUCAUGGAUUGCGGUUGCCAUCUCUGAAACUGUUCGUAAGAUGGUUACAUAUGUCGUUACUAGGCCUGGAAGGGAGCUCCUUUUCACUGUUGUUACACAAGAUGAGAAGUAUAAAGCAAAGGUAUGCAUAGAUGUAAUUGUUCAAAGGCUUGGAGAUGCCGCUGCUGCUGGAAUGUAUAAGCUACUUUUCAUCCCUCUAGAUGGGAAAACAUCAUCUGUCUCCCUCUAUGCAUUGCCAGUCUGCCUUGUAUGGGCAGUGGCCUCUUUCCAUUUAGGACGCCGGCAAACACAACUCGCAAAGCUAAUAGCAUCUCAACCACCCGAGACUUCAUAA